AUGGCUUACCUAGCACCUAACCAAAUGGCUUACCUAGUACUUAACCAAACGCCUCACCUAGCACAUAACCAAAGAUGUAACCUACUCGCUGCUUUGCCAUCUCCCUCCUCCCUUUGUCGCCUUGCCGUCACUCCCAGAACAGCCUCCUCAUCCCACCUUGCGGCUAAGGAGAAGGCGGAGGAUGUACAUGGGAGGUUGGAUCAUAAUAAAAACGAUGCUUCAGGGACCGUGAUUGGUCAGGGGAUUGGUAAAAUUGAGGAAGCUAAAGACAAAGUUAAGCAAGUUGAUGGUCAGUUGAAACGUAUUCACAGUGAUUUAGGUAACUGGAAAAAUGCGGCAAGUGACGUCCUUGGCACAGCGGUUAAGAAGGCGACGGAAGUCCAUGGCAAGUUGGAUCCUGAUAAAAGUAAGUCGACGCUUGGUGGUAAAAUCGGAGAAAUUGAAGACGCAAAAAACAACAUUAUUAGCGCAAAUUCACAACUGAAAACACAAGUCGACAGUCUGCAUUCUUGGAUCGACACCGCCGAGGAUAUCCGUGCAAAGGCUGAGAGAAAGGCCAAGGAAGCCUAUGAUAAGUUGGAACCUCAUGAAGCUUUGAGUAAGCAAAUCGGAGAGAUUGUGACAGCGAAUAAGAAAAUUAACGAAGUUCAUAAAAGUAUGCAGGGUGUUAGUAAAAAUCUGGGGGAGUGGAAGUCUGAGGCCGGGACAGUGCUUGACGAAGCGGUAAAAAAGGCGACGGAAGUGCAUGAUGCGUUAGAUACUGAUCAAAAAAGUGACGCUGUAGGCCAUCCUGUUGGCCAGGCGCAUGGGAAUGUUACUGGUUUAGUAAGUAAAGUUACUGAGGCCGUUAAAGAUUUGGAAGCCGGCAUGAAAGAUGAUUUGCGGAGGCUGCAAAAGGAUAUUGUGAACAGUAUGAAAAAGCAUGUUGGUGAAAUGCUUUUGCAGAUUAAGGGGCAAGUGGGACAGAUUAAGGGGAAGGAUAGGGGUGAUUGGGGAAAUUCAGGCGCCUCAGGUCUUUUGGGAAUUGAGGAGGCAGUGCAUAAUUAUGCCACUGCUUUUCGCAACAAUAAUUUUGCAGAAAUUGCCAAGGGCUGGUUGGAAGCCAGUGAGCCUGGCACCAGUGAGAAGGAUGACAUCAGCGCUUUCGCCAUUGGAAUGAAAGAGAAGCUUAAUGCAGAUGUUAUUGGUAUAGCCAAAUUGGCGUUCGAAGGUGUUAAUACAGUCAGCGGGAGCAUUCAUACAAAUAUCAACGCCGUUAAAACAGCUUGUGAGGCGUUUGCCAACGCGCUCGAUAAGGAACUUUUGCAGCAGGGAAAUAAAAUAGUCAAUAAGGUUAAAGAGGAAGCGUUGCCAUUGGGGAAACUCGUAUCUAAGAUUACAAGAUGCGUCUGCGAGUGCGACGCACAAUGCACAAAAUGCAAAAAUGGAGAGUGUGGCAAAAAAGCCGCCGCGGAAUUGAUAAUGUGCGCGCUCACCUCUACAGUGCGGCAAGUGGGCAAGGAGCUCAACUCUGUAUUUCUCGGCGAGGGCGCAAAGGUGGGCAGCAACAGAAGCAUCGCAGAAGAAUUGGACAGAGUAGUAAAAGAGACAAGGGAGCUGGACGAUAAUCUGGGAGAGGCUGCAAAAGAGGCGAGAAAUGGUCCACAACCUCCCACCUCCGGUAACCAGGACAAUGAAAUUUUGAACAAAGUUAAGGAGAUUAAGACGGAAGUCAACAAGGGGAUGAAGCAAGACGCUGGUCAUGACCUAAAUGUUCAAAAUGACUUCGAAGAAAUUAUGAAGAAUUAUAAAGGGAAGAAAGGAGGCACUGGCCAGUUACACCAAUUGACCACUCAACAUAUCCCCCAGGCCAUGAGCGCUUUCAAGGACAUGGACGGUUUCAGCGCUGAAGAAAGACCUAAUGACAAAGACGUCUCUAAGGCCACCGAAGCAGUCACCAAGCACUUCACCAACAUCGAAAAAGAACUCCAAGCCAUCGCGUGGUCCGUUGAUAAUACAAAGCACUGGCCGACGGGGUUGUCGGACAAACCACAAGAUGAAGAUGGCAUCAAGCAGCGGUUGGAGGAUUUGACGCAGAUGCUUAAGGAGGAAGAAAGUGUUGAUCUUAAAGACAAAGGUUUAAUUGUGGAAAGUGUCAAAGGCCUUGAUGCAAUCAGGGAGGCGAUUGAAACGCUGAAAGCAGACACGUAUGAUGACAAAACUAAGCACAUCGGAGACGCCGUCCAGACAAUUAAGACGCAGCUCAAAGGGCUCAGGGAGAAGUUGAAGAAAGAGCAAAAUGGUGGGACAAAAGAUGGUGUUAUUGACGUGUUGGAUGAUUUGAAGACUGCCGGUGUCGAAGGUAAAAAUGGUUGGAAAGGCACUCAGGGUCUGACGAAAAUCCAGCAGGGAAUUCAGGAGCAGAAUACUGAAUUGGGCAAACAGCCUGAAAUAAUCACUAACGCCAUCAGCGCAAUCAGGGAUCAACUGUUUCAGUUAGGAAUAAAGUUGAAUAAGCCCUUCGACUACGAUGACGUUUUGGACAAAUUGAUUCAGUUGCAAAGGAAGCUUGGCACAGCGGACGCCCAAAAUUAUGGUGUCAAUCUAAAGAAAAUCUACGAUGAAAUUCAUUGGCAACAAAUCAGUACAUUCACCCACAAACCCUACGAAAUUCAGGCAGCCAACUCAGCAAUCAAGGAAGCACUCAACGAGCAGAGGAGCACGCUGGGCAGUGAGGUCAUCGAGAAGCUGACCAACAUGAUGACCAAAGGGCUGAGUAACGGGGCAAGUUGGAAUGAUGACAAUAAGGAUGUUAAGGGAUUAGACAAUAUUAAAAUAGCACUUGAAAAGCAACAAAGUGAGUUGACUGGUCAACCACAGAAAAUCCAAGAUGGCGUCACCCAAAUCACCGAUGAGCUUACAGAGCUGAGGAAGGAGUUGCAGGGUGAGCCAGGCAAUUCAGCAGAUGAAAGAGGCGUGAUCAAGAAUAUGGAAUUUGUGAUUAAGAAGAUUGGCCAAGGCAAAAAUGAAGGUCUUGAGAAAAUCAAGAAAGAGAUUGAAGAUCUCAACAGGGAUACAGUCCCCAAGGUCAGUGAACAUCUCAAUGAGCUGUGCGCCAAGAUUGCGAGCGAAGCCGGUAGUGUGGAUUGGAAGUUGGGGCUUUUCAAAGAAAAUAACAUCGACAAAGACCUCGCAAAAAUCAAGAGUGACAUCCACACCCUCCGCACCGGUGACCUCCAGGCGGCCAUCGCCAUGUGCGACAAGUUCCUCACCAACGCCGAUUACAUAAAAUGGGAGAAAGUGGAAAACAUUGAACGCUUCGUAGACAGUGAGAUUGAAAAGGCAAUCGCGGAGCUCACCAAGGAGGCGCGGCGGGACUACGUGGAGUCCGCGAAGGACGCGCUGAAACACUUCGCCCUAAAGGCGGAGAGCGAGCUGGAGACUCUGCCCAAGGAGAUCGACGAGGACCUGACGAUAGGCUACAAGGGCCUCAUGAAGCAGAUGGAGGGUGAGCGCAGCGAAAACAUUAAUAGGCUAAGGAACGUGCAGAGCAGAAUGCUCCGAGCAUUGUCCUCCGCGUUCCAGAAUUUCUUCGCGCCGCUCCACGAGUAUCUCCGUGAGGAGAUUGAGAGAGUGAAGAAGCAGAGUGACGACGAAAAGAAUCCCUCACUGCCGAAGUCGGAAGAGCCCUACGCCGCCGAUUACCUCUGCGUGACGCAGGGCUUCGACGACAGGCUGCGAGGCCUGCUCCACAACCUCACCGACGCGCUCACACAGCUGACUCCACAAUCCUUCCAGAAGCCCUCCACUCCCACGCUGGACUCCGUGAGCAGGGGACUCAGUGCCUUCGCCGGUGAGUUCGGCGGUGCGUACAUCUCCACUUACUCGGGCGCGGAGUGCCGGGAGGCUGACGCCGACAAGUACGCCAAGGUGUUGCUUAGCAUGAUCCCGAUGACGCACGAGGCGCUUAGCAACCUGGUAGCCAAAUGCGGCACCAACUGGAAGAGCAACAAAAUAUGCAAGCUCACCGGCGACGACAGGGACAACGGCCUGGGCAACUACCUCACUAAAUGCGGCUUCAAGGUGUCACCCACCGACGGACUCCAGGAGGGGGAGUUGCAAAAUCGUUUUUCGGGCGGCGCAGUUCAUGAGCUACUUGCAUCCCCAGUGGCCGAAGUGACCACCAAAAUGCUUAUCGACGGCAAGCCUGCGGAAAACGGAAUUAAUGUUGUCGACUUAGUUGCGCUUUUCUAUAACAUGGUCUGUCGCUACCUCCAGGCAUGCCACCUUAAGGUGCACGAAUCGCCCAGGUACCCCUGCACGGUGAGGGACAUGUUGUCGUGGCUUACAGGCCUGCAGUACACUCCGGUGGCGGACAAACUGCCUGACCACUGCAGGGCGUUGCUCAACCGCAAGUGCGACGAUAACGAUGCCCCCAACAGGGAGGAUAAAGUCAUGGUGCAGUGCAUAAAUGGCCUGCCGUUCACUAUCGCAGAAGCGUGUUCGUACGCCAACUCAUUGCUCGUAACCAUACAGGGCCACGGCCGCGGCUUUGACCUCGCCGCCUACCCCUACUCCGUCGACUUCGCCAACAACACCGCACAGCUGUACUACCCGGACGACCCCGCCGAGGUGCUGGAUAUGUUGAGGGGCAUAGUAUGCCGCCUGUGUCGCGUCCUGUAUUUCCUCUACGCCCAGUGCUGCCGUGCCACCGCCACAACCAAGGGCUGGCGGGAGUGCCACUACGGUCGGCAGGUGCCGUCCUCCCACUGGCAGUGUAACACCUACGACAACCAGGCCACCGACGCAAGUCACAACUGCCCGCCCACAUCUCCGCUGCAGUCGUUCCUCACAGACAGCUGUCCCAGCCUCCUGCCGCAUAAGCUCAGUGUAGUUGACAAUGCCAUCGAAUGCGCCAACUGCCCCUCCAACCAACCGGGUCAGCAGUGCCUCACCCCGCUCGGCUUCUGGGACCUUGGCCUCGCUGCCUCAGUAGCCCGGCAGGAUCUUGCCAGUCACUCGGCCGUCUCUGCGGUGACGCCUGACACCAGCCGAACGCUGCGCUUGCUGUGCCCCUCAGCACCGCAGUCACUCGGCGACGUGUUCGCGCUGUUCUUCCAAAUGCUCAGAGUGUGGGAUCACGAAUCGUCCCGGCGUGCGUACUCUCACCAUGAGAGUUACCAAACGCACCUGAGCGAUGAGGCCAUCGACAAGCUGUUCCCUCUGUGGACACAGCUCCACGGCAGUUACCAGAACAGCAAUCUCACCGACGCGCUCAAGGCACUCGCCGGGCACGACCAUGACAACUCAGGGCACAAUGCCCUCUCAAGCCUCUCCGCCGAGCCGCCUUGUCAAUCACCCAGUGGAUGCGCCCCUUCCUCCAGCUGCUGCGGCACGCGCCACCUUCCCGCAGAAGCACGCACAGCUGUCUCGUGGAUAGUGUGGCUGGCAUGGCAGCUGUGGACUGGAGUCCUGCUGGACGCUGAACAACAUCGAUCAUUUUCGGCCGUACGGCUGUGCCGUGCCUCUGUCAGCCAAGCAACCACAACGACAAGGACUCCUGCCACUGCCCGUCACUCGUCGAAUGUGGCGGACCUCUGCCGACACUCUACCGCUACGGAUUCACGUAUCGCAACGCCCACGCCCUGCUCGCCGGCAGCCAGAAGAUGCGGUGCAGUGACCUCAACGACCAACUCACCAAGGCACCCUCCACCCUUCACUCAGCUGUUCCACCAGAUCGACCAACUGCUCUACACCAUCCGUAUGCCCUUCCUCUUCUGCCUCGUCACACUCUGGCUCACCGCCACGCUCUACAUCGCCCACUCGCUAUGCUACCGCAUGGACGUCCUGCACAUCCGCUCCCACCUUCUCACCACCAGGGCCUCCCACCUCAUCGACGUCAAGGCGCUGCUCGCCGGCAGCCGCAGGAUGCUCUCACUCUACAAAGACGUCGACUACUUCGACGAUGACCUUCACUCAUGA